UGUAUAAAGAUUACCGUCUGUGCUGUACUUAAUUUUUUUUUUUCAUUGAAAAACUAAAAAUAAUUGUCGCAACCCGAAAUAUUUUUCUGUUCUACCUGUAAUUUUGUAACAAAAUUGAUAUUUGUGCAACGCGGUGUUUAGUUUAUAUUAGCUGCGUAACCGUCACCGUUGGAGGUGGUUUCCUAGAAUACAUAUAACUACAACGAUCAGCUGUCAGGGACCUUUGACGUGUAGAACACAAACAAAUCCUGAGUAUCGGUUUGCUAUGCUGUUGCCGCAAUGAACGGCACUUUUUAUGAUCAGUUAUCAGGCGUAACUGGACUCUUCGAGCAAUGGGGUGCUUGCGAACGGACAAUGGUAGCAUGCGCGCUCGCGCGACGCGUCCCCUGGCCGGGUCUGAAGCUGGUGCAGAGGGCGGUGGAAGCAGCCUUACAAAACCAUUUAGACGAUGAGAUCUUGGAACACGAAGCUAAUGACGAGACAGCGCUUGCUAGUCUUUUCAAUACUAGAAUAGAUGAUGAUGACAAUGAGGGAGGGGAACAACUUCGUAGAUUGUUGACUCUACUACCUCUACUGAGAACAGAUAAUGAGCGUGCCAAGGAUCUUUAUGUGACAGCAGCACAGACAUUUGUGCAGCGAUGUGUUGAUUCACCACGACGCGCAUCAGCUACAUCUGAUCUUUGUCGACAGUUGUUAUCUUAUUUACUUCUGCAUCCUGCUCUAACACAUAGUGAUCAAAAAACUCUGACACAAUGGUUGCGACAUUUAGAAAAUCACAUGUCUGGCAACAGAACUACAGAAACAGUCUGGCAGCAGAGGAUAGGCCCUGGCUUGCUACCUGAUGUUAACAUUUGGAGCACAAACAAUACUUUCAGGCGGACAAUUGGAAAAAAUGUGGAAUUCAGGGGAGUAGACACAUUAGACAUGUGUUGUCCAGAUUUGCUCUUGGAAUCUUUUUCAAAAAAUGGCAGAGAUGUAGAUAUUAGCUUAGAAGGUGAAAAAUUAAGUUUUGAUGCAGCUGUGUCACAACCGAAAUCACAGAGAUCCAACAGUUUAACGCCGCCUUCAAGUAAUUUUAUACAUAUGUCAUCAUCUGCUGAAAAUUUGAGUGAUGAGCCAUUUGUACAGAAACCACGUAGUUUCUCUUUAUCCAGUGAACACAGCCUAAGCCAGAUUAGACCCAUUAGCGUUAUGUAUGGCACAACAGGAAGUGAGACACGGUUGGAUGAUUUAAGGUCAAACAAUUUUACUGAACACCCUGGAAUGUCUACAGUGACACAAUGGUUAAAGAGUUUGCGACUUCAUAAAUAUGUAUGGCUUUUUACAAAUAUUACUUAUGACCAAAUGAUGGCUAUGGAUGACAAAUACCUUGAGAAACUUGGUGUAACAAAAGGGGCUCGUCAUAAAUUAUUGUUGUCUAUAAAGAAAUUGAAUGAACGGGUAGCCAUUAUCGAAAGUGUAGAAGCAGAUUUAACGACACCUGUGAUGUCUGCAUCUGCAGCUGCAAGAGCUUUGGAACGUCUGCGUGGUGUAUUAUUGAGUCCUAUACCGCCUGCUUCCGAAUUGCCCGUCGCAAUUGUGCGGGCUUUAAAUAUAGCUUCCAAUACUUUAUGCAAUGGUUGUGGGAUGAAUUCGCGUGUCCCCUUGCAGGUGCCUCAUGAAGAAAGCGAACACGAUUUACCUAUUGAUCCUCUGUCGUUACAUUGCUGGCUGGUUGAAAAGGCACUUCAUCACGAGGCAUUUAAUAAGCCGGAGCUAUUGGAGGAGUUAAAAAGGUUGCGGCAUAGGUUACCACCAAGGCAGUUCUUCCACCAUGUCAGUGAUAUGCCACUCAACAGGCGGUGUCCUAAGCCCAGAUGGCGUCUCGGACCGCAAAAUGGAUACCAAAAACCUUUACACCGUCGCGUGUGGGCACCGCAGUCGCAGCCUAAGGGCGGACCGCCGCUGCCACGAGGCAAGUCUAAUUCCUAUCCGCCCUUCCCGCCCGCGGCCGCACCUCGCCUGGUGGCUCCAUCUGCUGCCACCACACCCGCGCUUCCUUUCCCCAAUGAUGACUACUCCAGCCUGGAUGCACUCUGUCUGCAGAUGACUGAGCAGGCGAUAAACUGAAUGUCCACUCACAUGUUCUCCAAUACGAUAGUUGUCUCGAAUUGUGACUAUGGUGUAGUUGGUACCGUAACGUUUUGCGGUUAACGAUUUCGGCGGGACCAUAGACUAUGUAUAGAUAGAGUUUGUGUGGUACAUGACUUUGUGCCAAAAUCGUUACUGCAGAAUUCACGUAAACAUAAGAAUUUUGGUCUAAUCAUCUGAUUUAAUAGAUGUCCUCAUGUUCACGAAAAGGAUUUUAUAAGAUCUACAGAAACACCAUCCAUAGGCAACCAAUAAUAAGAUGUACAUCUCCUAUUACAAUUUGAUUUGUGUAAAAUACACAUAUUUACUUAUUUUGUACAGUACAUUAUAUAUACACAUGUACUUCGAUUUAUCAGCUGCAUAGAAGAGAUAUAUUUAUAAUACAAAUUGUAUUUAUGUUUACUUGACUGGGUUUUCUGCGGAUGAAACCCUAAUUUAUGUUAUUUAUCGUUCCGCAUUUUUUGUUGAAAUAUAUUAGCCAUUAUGCACCAUAGAAAAUUUAUCACGUCUUAGGUAAGGAGUAAACAAAUUAAUAUAACAUUGAAUAUAUAGAGAAUCAAUAUUUAUAUUUAACUAAUGAAGAGCUGGAGAAAUGAUGCCUUAAUUUAACGAAAAUACAAAUAAUGACGUUCCAGAUUAUUAGGUACAUUUCUGAUCUGUCUAUGAAAGUCCAUGAUGCUUUUUGUAGAUUUCGAUAUUUGCAUUUUUCUAAUAUAAGAUAGUUCAUGGUCCACAAAUUAAAUAUUAUGUAAAUAAUAAACUGUAAAAUAUUAGUUUCUUAUAUUAUUAUAAUCGAUGACAUCGACUUAAUUUGGUUCGUCCAAUUGUUGUAAUAUAAAUACGAAUUAAAGUUUAUCCUAAAUUUAUCUGGUGCUAAUUUUGCAAUUUUUUAAUUCCAGCUUUUGUAGUAAGUUAUUUAAUUAUGGUUAGUAGUUAUUACUUUUAUGACAUAAAAAUAGUGAAGCUACAGUAAAAUAUAUAGGUAUAAUUAUUUUGGAGUUAGGAGAUGGACUUGGUUGUGAUUUAAUUCGCACGUCCACGCUGUAGCGUAGGCAUUUGUUACGAAAACAGAUAGUACGGCCUAAACAAAUCUGUAGAUACCUAUUUGUUUUAAUAUCAAACUAAUUGUAAACAAUAAGUAUAUUUGUUGUUCGUGUAUUCAUUGUAAUUAUUGUUGACUUGUUACACUUGCACAUUAUUGUCUGUUCUUAAACAAAUAUUAAUGUUAUGGUAUAAAUUAGAUGUAACUUGUUGACUGAAGAAUUGUUUAUAAUAUUUGUGUGCAGUUUAUUUAUUUAGUUUAUAAUUAUCUGUAUCGACCAUUUUGACUGGAUCAAAAAUCUGAUUGUAAGAUGUGCAAUUUUUUUUAAUUUAUUCUAUAAAUGUUUAUGAUAAAUGUUAUCAAGUUUUGUAAAUAAUUGACUGGGUUACAAUGUAUUUAAAAUAUUAUAUAAUAAGAUUAUAGCUUUGUACAAACUUUGGAAGUUGUGUUUAUGACAGACUUUUAGUGCAAUGAAAGUAAUAAUUGGUAUGUAGUAAAUUGUUUCAUUUAUUAUUAAUUGGUUAAUAUAAAUUAUAUGACACAGUCCACAUUUUAUUUUAAUUUAUUUAUAAAUUUUAAUGAAUUUAUAUAAUUCAUAAUUGUAGUUCUAAAUUGUACUUUUAAAAAUAAUCUCUGGAGUAAUAUUAUUUUGUAACUAAAUAUUUUAAA